UCCUCGCAAUAAAUUUUUAUUAUACGCCGAGUUAUUUUUGUCGCGACUUGCGUUGUUGUAUUAAAACUGUGAAAUAUGGACUCGCGGCGCUGCCUCGCUCUACUCAACGUUUGGUUCCACGUGUACGCCGAAAAUGUCACCUUGAAGAAAAUUGAUUUAGUGGAUGUGCUCAAACAAAAUCUUAGACGAAAUAAUGAUGACUAUGCUGACAUGCAGCGGAACAAAGUUGUCAAUUCCAGUACAAUAAGUUCUGUGGGAACCACUGUUACAUAUUCACCUAAAUAUGGUAAGGAAAUAACAACUAAGGAUACGAAAAAUAAUACUUUUAGAGCAGUCAAUCGAAGAGCAGAUGAACAUUCGUGGGAAUUCGACUAUGACGUCCAGAUGAAAACAGUUUCCUCUAAUGUCGGUAUGAAGCUCGACAAUUCCGUUACAAAGGAUCCACUAAGAAAACUUAAAUUCAGAAAACUAGUAAAUAAUCAAUUUUAUCUCGUAAACAGAAAUAAUAGUAGUAGACUAAACAAUCCAAAUGAAAUUUAUUCACCGAAACUGAAACCAAAAGUAAUAAAUAAAAAUAGGAUCGAUAAAUUCAAAAAGUUUGCGUCGAAAAAUAAGGAUUUGUUCAAAGACUUUAUGAGCAGUCAGCCUAGUCAGCUCAAAACUCAGAGUACGAAUAGUGUUGAAUUACAAGAUAAAGGUAACAUCUUGGGAAAUGAAGCGAGACCGCUCGCAAUACAGGGAGAAGACGAACGCGACGAACUUCCCAAUCCGGACGUGUUGGACAUGGCGCCCGCUACCGGAGGCUGGAUCCAUCGGCUCAGGAUGAAGGGUCGGCUGUGCGCGCGGCACGUGCUGCUGCCGGAGGGGCCCAAGUACGACAGCCGCGGGCGCUGGUACGUGCCGGAGCACGGGCUGCGGGCGCGCCGCGCCUACAACGCCACGCCGCGCCCGCGCCUGCUGCUGCCGCGCUGCUGCAACUGCUGCAAGAAGUCCGCGCUGGGCUGCGAGUAGCGCGUGCUGCUGAGCACAGUAGUUUCACGCUCCGCGCUUGACGACAGUCAUGCCAAUUGCCAAUGAUGAGGUCUGACUUGGAGCGCGCUUGCCUAGAAGAUGCCUAUACACGCUUGCCGAGUUAUAUCUGCAUGGUAGGAAGCGAAGCCGCCGCAAAGUAUUCGUGUUGCCUGCCGCGAUAGAGGUACAGUCCGACAAGGCUCUUUUGGCAUUUGAGAGGGCGCAGUUGUCGCUUUAUCCGACACAGCGAAUCAACAAGUGCACAAUUCUCUAGAUGGCGGCUUUAGUUCCGAUUUUGGCCACGCGCCAAAAGAGUAUUGUCGGACUGUAUAUCAAUUCUUUUUGGACCUAAGCAAAAUUAUUAGUCAUCAGAAAGCUUUGCUUGCGACUCCCUAUAGCCAAGAGCGUCGCGAGCGACUGGUGUGCGCAGUCGUCCGCGACUUUCCAGUGUGCAUACACGAUAAUAUAAAGAUUUAAAUAGUACGUUUGUUGGUUUCAAAGCAAGGCGCCGCACGACGCCCUGCUUUAUCAUUAAAUAGUAUAUUACUUAGCAGACACCAUCCUUUUGUAAAUGUACAUCAAUAAAACAAAUUCAACUUUUGGAAUACUUUAUUAAUUGCUACAGUAUUACCUCGUAUCUUGUAUCCAUGCGAUGAAACAAACACAUACUCGCUCUUUCUUUCCAUUUCACACUCUUAUUCACGUCUCACUCACUCUUUUAAAAUUAUACAUUCUAAAAUGCCACCUAAAAUGUGAGCGCACCUUCAAAUAGAGUUGAAAUAGAUGUUAAAGAGUCAAUGUUACAAAUAACUACAAACUUGACAUUAGCUAAUCUGUGAAAAGCCAGACGAGAGAGGAAAAAAAAGAGUAGUCUUUAAUUUAAAAAUAAUUUUCUGUCCUUUUUUAGCAAUACUAAAAGGAAAAAGAUGCAGAUACUCUAAUAGUUUAGAGAAAGACUUGAGAAUCGGCGCCAGUGUAUUCACACUUUAAGUGUUACAGUAUAUACUUUAGUUUUUCAUAGUCGACUUCAUAGAUCGCAGAAACCUUCUCGAAGAAAGGCGCAAGCGACGCGACUUUUUCAGCGCUUUAGACCUUCUGAUGUUAGGUUUUUGACUCGUAUAAUUUGUUUGUCAGUUCGCGGUAACAAGGUCGUAUGCGCCUCGUACGCGUUUCAGCGAGAAGCUACUUGUGUCCUUUCAACUUUGAAGUCAGUUACACUAGAGUUAUUCGGAAGAUACUCCAUAGUGACUCGAUGGUUACUUUAUGCAUUUUGUAAAAGUUUGUCUCAAUUCGUUUUGAGAAAAUUUAUGUUGUAGUAAAAUUAAUGAUAAAAUGCCUAACAAACCUUUAGCUUGAUUUGACAUUUCUUAGAUUGGCUACAUUUAUAUUCUUUUUGUAUACAAUAAAAAACUGCAGGCAAACACAAAAACAUUGCGUUAAUAUGUUUGAUGUACAUUGUACAGUUCACAUCGAGCGCGAUGGUCAGAGCUCAAAAAGUAAUACAUUUUGUGAAUUGAUCCAUUUUGCGUAAAUACCGUACUACAUCCGUUCAAAUUUAUAGUGAUUUGUAUACAUUUAACUUUAUCUAACAAAAAAUCAGUACAGUACAUCUCAAAAUUCGUAGGUUGAGAUAUUAUUUCAUCAUAGUAAAAUAGACCUUAAUACACCUAGUUUUAGAGUCGACAUUCUGUUCGGCCGAUUUAUACAUUCACUCAAUUUUCGCAGAGCGCUAAUUUACUUUCGUGGCCCAACUCGGCAUUGAAUUUGCUUUUCGAAAAGUAUAACAAGUUGUUAUAAAAUGACUACGUAUAUAUAAUAUAGUGUGUUAUCUUAACAUAUGGCUUAUAAACGUAAAAUCAUAACUGUACACAGGUUUGCAUGUAUUGCUAUAGUUCACACUAGCCGACGCCCGCGUCUCCACGUGGAUUCAAGUUUAAAGCCGGAAAUGUGACGACGUGGCGCGACGCAAACGUGAGGGCAAACUUACAAACACAUUUUCGCAUUUUAACAUCAGCAAUGGACUUCCCAAUUAUAAAAUAAUUUACAUUGCUCAUUAAAAAUAUAAGAAACUGUAAAAAAAUUAUUUCAACUUUUAAAACUAAAGCGUAGUGUUUUUCAUCGUAUUAUUAUCGUGUGUGUAUGUGUAUGUGUGUGUGUGAUGGUGGAAUCAGUGGCAUGCACAAGGGUAGGCAUUAGUUAGGUAGGAACUUAUGCAUCGGUCAUAAUGAAAAAUAAGCAUUGAGCUAUAACAACUGGGGUAAGCAGUGCUUUUACACCUCUAUGAUCUGCACACCACUGGGUGGAAUCAUACUAAUAACUCGCAACACACCACGUUACAGUGCUGCCACUUUUACAAGUCUCAUCGACAAAAUGAGUUUGCAUGAGAAGCGCAGCCUAGCGCCGACUAACACCGAACUACGUUCAUGAAAUACAAACCUUAUUGCUUGACGUUAAGAUUUUGAACACAACAAAAGCAACAGAGACUUGUGCUAUAAUUUCGCUUGUAACUCGCACGUACAAUACAAGGCGCGUAGGCAACAACCAAUAGCGCACUAUGAUUAGCUAAGAUAUUUUCG